GAUUCAACACACUCAAAUGCGUAAUGGUUUUCUCUCGAGUCUCCUUUUCUUUCUGUCAUCGAAGGUCGGGGGCAGGCGCUUGAACGGGAAAGAAUAAAAGGAAAGAGGGAGGGAGAGAGAGAGAGGGAAUCUGGAGAUUCACACCGCUUCGUUAAUGGCGGUUAGGGUUUUUCAUUGAUCCCCUCCAAACUAUAAAAGAAACUUUAAUCUUCUUCAUACACUUUCUAUCCCUUCUCUCCUAAAAAACCCUAAUUUAUUGUCCUUGAAGCAUAUCCGUCGCCGUUCCGGUUCGGACGAUUCAAUCUCUGUAAUUCUGUCUUCUAAUUUGAAUAGCUGAUACAGUAGCAGGCAUGGGCGCUCCUGAGAAGUCACAGGCCAAUGCCAAUUCAAUGCAGCGUGUUAAGGUCUACCGUUUGAGUGAUGAUGGUAAAUGGGAUGACCAAGGAACUGGGCAUGUCAGUGUUGACUAUUUGGAGCGAUCAGAAGAGCUAGGUUUGUUUGUCAUUGACGAAGAAGACCAUGAGACAUUACUUUUACAUCGUAUUAGCUCAGAUGACAUUUACAGAAAGCAAGAAGAUACAAUUAUCUCGUGGAGGGAUCCAGAAUAUUCUACGGAAUUAGCACUAAGCUUUCAAGAGACUACAGGGUGUUCUUACAUAUGGGACCAUAUUUGCACUGUGCAAAGGAAUCUGCAUUUCAAUCCUCUUAACAAUGAGACAUUUCACAGUGUUAAUAGUGAGUUGAGGAAGUUGCCUGCAGUUGAGCUAUCCACUCUUCCUUUAAUACUUAAGACUGUGGUUGAGAGUGGCAUUGCUGAUCAGAUGCGGCUGACAGAGCUAAUUUUGAAUGAUCAAGAAUUUUUCCGAAAGCUGAUGGAUCUGUUUGUAGUCUGUGAAGACUUGGAAAACAUUGAUGGGCUUCACAUGAUAUACAAAAUAGUCAAAGGGAUUAUUUUGCUCAAUAGUCCUCAGAUCUUUGAGAAGAUAUUUGGUGACGAAUUGAUCAUGGAGAUUAUUGGUUCAUUGGAGUAUGAUCCAGAGGUCCCUCAUAUCCAACAUCAUCGUAGAUUUUUAAAAGAGCAUGUUGUCUACAAGGAGGCCAUACCAAUUAAAGAUCCUCUAGUUCUGUCAAAGAUACACCAAACAUACAGAGUUGGUUAUUUGAAGGAUGUUGUGUUGACUCGAAUAGUGGAUGAGGUGACGGUUGCAAAUCUCAAUUCGAUAAUUCAUGCAAACAAUGCCAUUGUUGUUUCUUUGUUAAAGGAUGAUAGUACCUUUAUUCAGGAAUUGUUUGCUAGUUUGAGAUCGCCCUCCAUCUCUGUGGAAUCUAAGAAAAAAUUGGAUGGUGAUGAGAUUGAGAGUUUAUAUAUAGAUCUUGGACUAGGCGCUCAUUCUUUGCCACUUCCUUUUUCUUUUGAUGUAUAUUUCUUGCAUGAGUUUUGUAGUUUAAGCAAGAGCCUGCAGAUGGUCCAGCAGCUCCGGCUAUUUAGGGAUCUCAUGAAUGAAGGCAUCUUUGACAUUGUGGCUGAUGCUUUGCAGAGUGAAGACAAAAAGCUUGUAUUAACUGGUGGAUGCAGGACAGAUAUCCUCAUUCUCUUCUUGAAUCAGGAUCCAAACCUUCUUCGUUCUUAUGUUGUUCGGCAGGAAGGAGUUCUACUUCUGGGACUCUUGGUUAAAGGAAUGAUCACAGAUUUUGGGGAGGAUAUGAACUGCCAAUUUCUUGAAAUUCUUCGCAGUUUACUGGACUCGUACACAUUGUCUGGAGCACAGAGAGAUACUAUUGUUGAGAUUUUCUAUGAGAAGCAUUUGGGUCAACUAAUAGAUGUUAUAGCGGCAUCUUGUCCUUCAGAAGGUGUAGCUCAAUCAAGCGAUAAUUCUGUGGGAUCUGGUGAAAGAAUUGGAAAUCAAAAUGGCACGAAGCCUGAAAUACUGUCAAACAUUUGUGAAUUACUAUGCUUUUGUGUUCUGCACCAUCCAUAUAGAAUAAAGUGUAAUUUUCUCCUUAAUAAUGCGGUAGAUAAAGUUUUGUUGGUUAUGCAAAGAAGGGAAAAAUACCUAGUUGUUGCUGCUGUUCGAUUUGUACGCACUAUUCUAUCCCGCCAUGAUGAGCAUCUGAUAAAUCAUAUUGUCAAGAAUAACCUUCUCAAACCAAUUGUGGAUGCCUUUGUUGGUAAUGGUAGCCGUUACAAUCUGCUCAACUCGGCAGUUUUAGAACUUUUUGAGUACAUUCGAAAGGAAAACCUUAAAUCAUUGCUUAAAUAUAUAGUUGAUACAUUUUGGAACCAGUUGGUUGAAUUUGAGUACUUGGCUUCCAUUCAUGGACUAAAAGUUAAAUACGAGCAGUCCCUGGAGAACAGUGGAACAAAAGGCACUUGUAAUGUAUCAGACCCCAGAAAACGAGUUGAUGAGCGUGCUUUGGAGAAAGAAGAGGAAGAUUAUUUCAACGAGGACAGUGAUGAAGAAGAUACGGCAUCUGCAUCAAUAUCACAACCCCAAAAAGUAGAGUCUCAACCUGUUUUAUCCAAUGGAGUUACUCCAAGUUACCAGCCCUCAAGUCCUAGAUCUGGUGGACUGGUUGAUUAUGAUGAUGAUGAGGAUGAUGAAGACUACAGACCUCCUCCAAGGAAGCAGCCAGAAACCUCUGAUGAAGAUGAAGGAACAAUGGAAUCUCUUAGGUUGAAGCGGAAACUGGCAUCCACAGACAACACGCCUGAGGUGUGGAAGAAGCAGCGGAUUGGAAAAAAUUCCAAGUCGAAAGAUAAUGUAUUUGCUGCUUUGUGCUCAACACUAAGCCAGGCAGUGUUACCUAGUAAGAAAACUGCUAGCACCAUGCACUUGAUGGCUCAUACAGCUGAUGGGACGACCCAAAGUUCUGGUGAAGAAAAUCAUGAGGAGAAUAAACUGGACACGGACAGAAGCAAUUCCAAUUACAGCACCACUUCAGAUGAGAACCAUGGAGGGAAGGAAGCUGCUGCUUCUAAAAUAUGUUCUGAUCGAUUGCAUAGUGCUGCUGACAAUAGACAGUUAGGUGGAGAAGACUCUCCAUUAAUACCACCAAAAUCCUCACCAGAAAUGGCUGUAAGUGGAUCCUAAUUUAUUCGGGGUUGCAUUUGUUCUGUUUUCUUCUGUCGUGGAUGUGCUUGGUGGUGGAGUGGCUGUGGGGCUACCGAAGUAACAAUGCACUUUGAAAGAGAAGAAAUGAGCAAGUGGGGAUGAAUUUGUUUGGGGGCUUUACGUUGAUGAUUCUGGGGUAUACUGUAUAGCACUAUUUAGAGGAGAAAGGCAAUCUAUACGACAAUGUGGGCCCGCCCGUUCUCCCUCUUCUCUUGGUCUUUCUGAUGCUUUGAGCCUAGCAAUUCUCUUUUGUACCACAUUUAUCGGCACUAUUUUUCCCCCAAUUAUCUCACAUGUUUUCCUUUUUUUCCUCCCUUUAAUGUUUUAUUCCAAUACCCUUUGUUUUGUUAGUCCACUCUUUUAGCUAUGUGAACAAUAUGAUAAAGAGGGCACCAAUGUCUGCCUUGCAUAGUUUUUUUUUGUUUUUUUUUGUUUGGGGGGGGGGGUGGGGGGGGGGAGUUCUGUGGUGGGUGUGGGUUGUAAUAGAGGUGGUCUAGCUAGUUGGUUAGAGGGCAAAGUUUUCCAUAUGUACUAGUAGUGAAACUCAUUAUAGAGUACUGUAAAUUAGAUUUUGAACACUUUUGAUUGAUUGAAGGGUCCUCAAAUGUUCCUACACUAGUUUCUAAAUUCGUAGUAAAAGUGGCAUUGAUUCUCA